CCCGUUCCUUGACAGACACCAUGCUCACGGACGAAAUGAUCGACCGCCAGCACUGGGAGUCACUCUCGUGGCCUCAGAAGGUCGAAUCCAAGCUGCGGUCCUUCUUCGGCUUCCAGCAGAACCUGGCUGCCAUCCCGGACUAUCGGCUCUUCUGGCGCUCGGAUAACGACCUCAAGCGGCUCAUCUCCUCCGGUCGGACGGUUCUCCUGAUGUUGAUGACACCCGGCAACCCCUACUCGGAGGCGGUGGCCAACACCUCGCGGCGGCUGGCCUUCCGCCUUCGGUCGCCGGAGGAACAAGCCGCCAGCCAGGAGAUCGCCUUUUUGUGCGUGGACUGCUCACGCUUCACGGACUUCUGCCGGAGCCGCGGCAUGGGCGACUCCAACAAGGUGGAGCUGAUCCAGCCACGGCCGAUCGAGUCGGCGACCCACUCCUCGCGGCGCUUCGCAGUCACCAUUUCCACCAUCGAGUAUGACCUGGUCUCGGAGUUUGGCCUGAUCUCGGCCCUCCGGCGCUUUGGCGUGUUCGAUCCGCUCACCUCGCAGUUCGCACACCCGGUGGCCCGGGAGAAGGCCCAGCGCCAGGCACACAUGCUCAGCAUUCUGGAUGACUAUGAGGCUGAGAACGCCUCGUCGGACGUCACUGCUCCCGAGGCCGUGCCUGAAUCUGCCACCAUGUCGGCAGGGGCCCCUGCCACGCCGGAGACGCCUGCCUAAGUGUGCCCCAGCCGCCCCGGCCUCCCCCUGGGGCCAUCCAUUGAUGAAAAUGAAAUAGAGAUAGAACACUAUA